CCUGACGUGGUCUGAUUUCUGUUUCACAGGAUCAUGCAGGCACGGGCUAGGAUCCUUCAAAGCGGGAGCCUAGUUGGGAGGCUGCUGCAAUAACCCAGGCGAGAAGGGAUGAAGGCUUAGACAAACAUGAUAGCAGAGGGCAGUACUGCUCAGAGCCUUCCAGCCAUGGUCUCCAGAGCCAGCUGCGCAGCUGUAACUAUUAUUAUGGCCCAUUAUGAAGCUGCUGACUCAAAGCGUGAGCAGUUCUGGAGGUACUUUGAAAAAUUGAGGGUGCUGGACACAUUGACCAAGAUAUUGGUAGUCUUAUAUAAAGAAUCAGAGGAACGUAAUACUGCUUUGGAUUUUUUAAAGCAUCACUUUGGGGCUGCUACCCCAGAAAAUCUAGAAAUAGAACUGCUUUACCUAGAAUGGGCAGAAAUGAAAGAGAAAUAUGAAACUAAUGUAGGAGAAAAUUAAAAACUAAAAAAAAACUUGCUCAGUAUGAAUCA